CGCACAGCACUUCUUCGUCGCACCGGGCGGUUCACUUCACACCCAAACUUGAUUUGAAACCGGAAUCCAUCCUCCUCCUUACUUCACCGUCUGUAUUCACGCUUCUUCUUCUACGCACUCCGAUGGAUCCAGAAGCAGCGCUAGGGCUUGUAAAGCAAGGCGUUACUCUUCUCCUCCUCGACGUCCCCCAGUACACUCUCCUCGGCAUUGAUACGCAGAUGUUCUCCGUUGGGCCGGCAUUUAAGGGCAUCAAGAUGAUACCGCCUGGUCCUCAUUUUAUCUAUUAUAGUUCUUCAAGCAGAGGAAACGAAUUCUCACCAAUAGUCGGCUUCUUCAUCGAUGCGAACCCCUCUGAGGUGAUUGUUCAUAGAUGGGAUCAACAAGAGGAGCGAUUAGUCAAAGUAUCAGAAGAUGAGGAAGAGAGAUAUUCUCAAGCAGUAAAAAGCUUGGAGUUCGACAGGCAACUUGGCCCUUACACUCUAAGUCAGUAUGGUGAUUGGAUGCGGCUGUCUAACUACAUCACUAAGAGUAUAAUUGAACGCCUUGAACCAAUUGGAGGAGAAAUUACUGUUGCAUGUGAAUCUGAGGUGGUUGGAAGCAUUCCUAAAACAUCCACGGAGAAAGCCUUGGCUGACCAGUUGAGGAGUAGUAAGUUCUCAAAGUCUGUUGAAAAACCACAGAGAAGAGGUUGUUAUUAUACAUCAAUUCCCCGUGUUAUCAAGAAUAAGGGGAUUUCUGGCCAAGAGCUUACUUCUUUGAACCUUGAUAAGACAAAAUUGUUGGAGAGCAUAUUAAUGAAAGACUAUGGCCUUUCUGAGGACUUAAUUCUAGGCGAGCUGCAAUUUGCUUUUGUUGCAUUUCUGAUGGGACAAUCACUCCAAGCAUUUCUUCAGUGGAAAUCAUUAGCUAGCCUCUUUCUGGGCUGUACGGAAGCUCCCCUUCAUACAAGGAGUCAACUUUUUACAAAGUUUAUUAAAGUUAUCUAUUACCAGCUGAAGUAUGGAUUUCAGAAAGAGCAAAAAGAUACUGGUUGUGCAGGCAAGGGUGUGUCAGCAUUGUUAGAUGAGUCUUGGUUGUCUGCUGAUAGCUUUUUGUACCAUCUUUGCAAGGAUUUCUUUUCAUUGGUUCUGGAAGCUCCAGUUGUCGAUGGAGAUCUUUUGACUUGGACAAGGAAAUUGAAGGAGCUGCUUGAGGACACUCUUGGAUGGAAUUUCGAACAGCAGAGUUUGGAAGAUGCAAUGUACUGUGAAGAAGAUGAUGAGUUUGCUCCGGUUGUUGAGAUCUUAGAGACUGACAAAGACUUGGCUGCUUAGACAAGGACCAGAGGCCACCAACGUUUAUCAUCUAGCAAUCAGCAAAUGUGGUACAGGAUGAGUGGAUAUAAAAUGGUGCCUGCCCUGGGUUGAUGGUGCCCGUUCAAUCUCAGUUGCACAAAGCCACCAUGAAAGGUUCUCAAUGUUAAUGGGUGCCAGAGCCUAAGCAUCAUGACAACUUUUAAGGUUCAUGUGGCUAAUUUUAAGUUGCACGCUUGUUAGUUACCUCUUUGAAUGGGAAUUCCAAUUUUCCAGAUCUAUCCUUGAACAAUUAUUUAGGACUAAACUCUGCAUUAUCUGUUUAAAGUUUGAUUUGCUGUGUUGCUUCCUGUUUAUCUGCAGAUGAUUACGGAACCACUUUACUAUUGUUUGCUGGGCUUCUUUCUUUUACAUGUGGGAUGAUGUGAGGUGACCCAAAUGAAUUUUUGGCCAACUUCUUUAAUUUGGGGCUGAGCCAGAAACUUGUUAUUCCUAGUCAUUCCUAUCUUAGAGGUAUCUUGCCCUUGAAAGAAUCUAAUUUUGCCUUUCUUUUUUGGUCUUUUUCUUUUUCUGUGCUCCAGAUUUAGCCUUAAUUUCAUUUUCAAAUGGACUUCCUAACUCCUAAGCUGAGGCAUGAUUCGAAUUAAAAAUAGUCAACUUCAAUAAUU